AUGAGUUCGCAAGCAUCAUCAUCAUCAUCAUCCUCAGCACGAGGAGAUUUGAGAGCCUUUCUGCGCAAUGCACGACAGUCGGCUCUCACUCAUCUGAAGGAUGGUCCGUCCUCGUCAUCUAAUCCGCUCGUCCUGAUCAUGGGCAACGGCGCCGGCGAUGCUGACUCACUCACAUCAGCCAUCUCACUUUCCUAUCUCCUCUCCACCUACCCUCACUUAUCUUUGCCCCUCUCCUCGCCCCUACCGGAAAAAGCUAUCUAUGCCCCAUUGAUCCAGACGAACCGCAGCGAUGCCCAUCUGAGACCCGAGAAUGUGGCUAUUCUCGCGGCGACAGGCAUCGAUCAGCAGGACAUCUUGUACCUUUCUGAUCUUGUAGAUGCGCCGCCCAAAGGGCUCGAUCUCAGUCUGGCCAAAUCGCCAAACUUCAGCCCAGAACACAACACCUUUCUCGGCCUCGUCGAUCACCCGCAGCUCGAGCUGCCAUGGACCAGCGGAUCGUCCAGCCAAGCGUCACGUCGUGUUCUUCUCCUUGUAGACCAUCACGCCGACGCCUCCCAGCAUCAGGAUGCCAGCCUGCGCGUGUUCCGCCAACCAGAGGGCAGCUCAGAUCCCAACCCGACAGGCAGCGCUCAGAGCAUCAUCAUUGAGCUCUUUGCUAAGGAGAUCAAGGCCGACCCCGCAGCUCUGCCGCAGGGCCUGGCCGACCUAGCCAUAGCUACCGUGCUGAUCGAUACGGACAAUAUGCGGCCCCCACCCAAGGGCAGGGCGAGUGAAACAGACUUUGCCGCGGUAGAGGCCUUGUUGCCUUUCUCGUCGCUUCAGUCGCGGGAGAAGGCCAAGGAGUUGCAGGGCAAACUGCUGCAGAGCUCUCCUCAGGAGGUCAAAGAGCUCCUGGCAUCUGAUGAGUUUGAGACGUCUGCUUUCAAUGAAGGCAAGCAGGAGCUGAGCGACAAGACUGCCGCGAUGGCCAGCGUUUUGUCGGCGAGCAAGGCGGCUAUUCGCCAUCUAAGCAGCCUCGAUUUGCUCAAGAGAGACUACAAGUCUUCCUCGCUCAGCGCGGAUGACCUCCGCGGUGCUUCGAAGGGCCUGAAGGCUGGCUUUUCGUCAGUAAACCUUGGCCUCCCUACGUGGUUGCAUAGGGCCGAGGGAAUGGGCACGUCCAGCGAGCAAGAGAGCGCGCAAGCUUGGGCAGGCUUCUGGUCGAGCUUGCGAGAAUGGAUGGAAGAUCAAGCGUUGGACGUGGCGGUGGUCGGGACGAGCUUCAGAGAUGAGGAGAGCGACAAGCACAAGAGGGAGCUGGUGUUUGCUAUGCGUUCCUCCAGUGAGACCUCUGCGCAGGAGGUGGGGAGCCUCUUCGAUGCUGUGCGGUCAGACUUGGAGGACCCAACCCACAACCAGCUGGAGCUACAGACGCCCUGGAAGGGAGCGCGGCUGUCUUCAACGGGCAAGAAGGAGCGCGUGUCUGGCAUAGAUGGGACGAGUGGGAAGCUGGAAGCGACAAAUGGGUCCAACGACAUCGUGCGGGCCCAAGUGUGGAAACAGGGAAACGCAAGGGCCAACCGCAAGGUGUACUUGCCGACGAUCAUGGCCGCACUGAAGAAGGCGGCGUCUAAGGGCAGCUCAUGA